AUGUCUCGCCACCGAAUUGUUCAUACGUUUGAUACGAACGAUAUCGUAUCUGAAUUUGACGGCGAUGAUUACGAAGAGGAGGGAGAAGACGAGCUCAGUCCAGAGGACCGCCAAGCGAUGGAUCAAGGCACUGCAGAGGUCCGGGCAGCGCUAGGAACUGAAGCAAACAAGGUCACAACGACACAAAUCGAAGAAGCCUUGUGGCAUUAUUAUUAUGAUGUCGACAAGUCAGUCACAUAUCUGAUCAAGACAUUCAUUGCUCCGGCACCCAAACCAGCAAAGAAAACGCCAGAAGACCAUGGACGCCUGUCAAGCGGAUACAACUUUAAUAUGAAACUCCCACCGGUCGAUAAAGUCCCUGCAUGUUUCUUUAAUGAUAUGCCAUGGUUGAACAUACCUCAGGAGCGUCAGACUCACUUCAUCGAACCUGAGCGCCCUCGUGGAGGCUUGCUAGGAGGAGGCGAGGGUGCUCCUAAGAUGUCAAAACUUCAAGCUCUUGCGGCUGCUAGGAAGAAAAAGACCGAAGAGAAGAAGGAACAAGAAAAGCUCGAGAAGGGCGUCAGCAAGCUUUCGGUUGCUGGGUCAGAAAAGGAGAAUCAGUCGCCUUUCAACCAGAGGCAACAAAUUCCUACACCCGCAUCGCAAGCCCAACCUACACAAUAUGAUAUGGAUAUCGAUCAUGAGGAAAACGAAUAUAAAAAACCAACUCCUGCACACAAGGAUGAGUUCACGCUGGAUUCUUUCCCAGGGGUUGAGAUCGUGACUGGGCCCAACCCAUCCGCCUUGUCUCGGACGCUCUUUGGAUCUGCUCCGGCCAACACCCAAAAGCCCGAUGUUUUUGCUAUGCCUUACACAUCCUCUCCAUCUUUUCUUGCACAAGCUUUCGCCGAGCCAAGUCCAGAUGACAUUGUGUUCGCGGCCCAGGCGAAAGCGGGCAAACAGCCAGCACCCAAGGCUGCCAAGAAGCCUCAAAAGGAGAAGGUGAAAGAUGCCUCUGAGGCUGAAAAGGAUGUUGCUGGGCUCAAGAUUGUUGAUGCGCCACCGCCUAAGAGCAAGGGCCUCGACGUUCUUAAGGAGUAUGAAAAUAGCUCCAACAAGCGGAGUAUCAGUUUUGUUGUAGUCGGACAUGUUGAUGCUGGCAAAAGUACACUCAUGGGUCGGCUUCUACUGGAACUCAAAUUUGUUGAGAAGCACACUAUUGAUCGGUAUCGAAAACAGGCCGAAAAGUCUGGCAAGCAGUCUUUUGCCCUUGCAUGGGUGAUGGACCAGAGGAGCGAGGAGAGAGAAAGAGGUGUCACCAUCGACAUUGCGACAAAUCAUUUUGAGACAGAAAAGACUAGUUUUACUAUUCUUGACGCACCAGGUCACCGAGAUUUUGUACCAAACAUGAUUGCAGGUGCCAGUCAAGCUGAUUUUGCCAUCCUGGUCAUUGACGCAAACACCGGAGCCUACGAGAAGGGUCUGAAGGGGCAGACAAGGGAGCAUGUGUUGCUCUUGCGGAGUCUGGGUGUACAGCGACUCGUUAUCGCUGUGAACAAGCUUGAUAUGGUCGGUUGGUCACAGGAGCGCUACGACGAGAUUGCUCAACAGGUCAGCGGCUUCCUCGCUGGUCUUGGUUUCGUGUCUAAGAACAUCGACUUUGUCCCGAUAUCUGGCCUAAACGGUGACAAUCUUGCUCGUCGAACAGAAGACCCUGCAGCAUCUUGGUACACGGGACCUACUCUAAUUGAAGCUCUGGAAAACUCUGAGCCGACAACAGCACGAGCCCUGAAGAGCCCGUUCAGAAUGGCCAUCUCGGAAGUUUUCAGAUCACAACUUGGCACCACAACGAUUGCCGGCCGAGUCGACGCAGGUUCAUUUCAAAUCGGUGAUGCCCUGUUAGUUCAGCCAAGUGGAGAGGAAGCAUAUGUCAAGUCAAUAAUGGUUGACUCGGACAUGCAAGAUUGGGCUGUUGCUGGACAAAAUGUCAGUGUUGCCCUUACCAACAUCGAUCCCAUUCACAUUCGAGUUGGCGAUAUGCUCUGCCCUACCAAGAACCCCAUCAACUGCAGCGAUAACUUUGUCAUGAAGGCCAUGGCAUUUGAGCAUCUCAUGCCCAUGCCCGUGGACCUACAUCGUGGGCGACUGCAUUCGGCUGGACAGAUUGUAUCGAUCGCGGCAACACUUGACAAGGUUACUGGAGCGGUUGUCAAGAAGAAGGCCAGAGUUGUUCAGCCAGGUGGCGUGGCUCGGGUUUCUGUCAAGUUGGCAGCCAAGGUUCCCCUCGAAGCCGGUCAAAGAGUCGUUAUACGCAGUGGAGGUGAAACUGUCGCUGCUGGAUUAUUAGAAUAG